CGGCCCGGGACCAUGGCGGGGCCCAUGGAGGAGGAGGAGUACACCAAGCUGGUGAUGGAGUCGCAGCCCGAGUGGCUGCGGGCCGAGGUCAAGCGGCUCUUCCACGAGCUGGGCGAGACCACCCGCGAGAAGAUCCAGGCGGCCGAGUACGGGCUUGUGGUGCUGGAGGAGAAGCAGCAGCUGAAGCUGCAGUACGAGGAGCUGGAGCUGGAGUAUGAGACCAUCCGCAGCGAGAUGGAGCAGCUCAAGGAGGCCUUCGGACAGGCUCACACCAACCACAAGAAGGUGGCCGCGGACGGCGAGAGUCGGGAGGAGACCCUGAUCCAGGAGUCGGCCACCAAGGAGGAGUACUACGUGCGCAAGGUCCUGGAGCUGCAGACCGAGCUCAAGCAGCUGCGCAACGUGCUGACCAACACGCAGUCGGAGAACGAGCGGCUGAACUCGGUGGCCCAGGAGCUGAGGGAGAUCAACCAGAACGUGGAGAUCCAGAGAGCGCGCCUGCGCGAUGACAUCAAGGAGUACAAGUUCAGGGAGGCGCGCCUGCUGCAGGACUACACGGAGCUGGAGGAGGAGAACAUCAGCCUGCAGAAACAAGUGUCCGUGCUCAAGCAAAACCAGGUAGAGUUUGAAGGCCUCAAACAUGAAAUCAAGCGGCUGGAAGAGGAAACGGAGUAUCUCAACAGCCAGCUGGAGGACGCCAUCCGCCUCAAGGAGAUCUCGGAGCGGCAGCUGGAGGAGGCCCUGGAGACCCUCAAGACCGAGCGCGAGCAGAAGAACAACCUGCGCAAGGAGCUCUCGCACUACAUGAACAUCAACGACUCCAUGUACACCAGCCACCUGAGCUUCUCGCUGGACGGCCUCAAGUUCAGCGACGAGGCGGCCGAGCCCAACAACGACGACGUCCUGGUGAACGGCUUCGAGCAGAACGGGCUGCACAAGAUGGCGGCCUGCGACAGCAACAAGACCUCGACGCCCAAGAAGGACGAAGGCUUCCCGCCGGCCCCCAGCCUGGUGUCCGACCUGCUGAGCGAGCUCAACAUCUCAGAAAUCCAGAAGCUGAAGCAGCAGCUGAUGCAGAUGGAGCGAGAGAAGAUGAACCUCCUGUCGACGCUGCAGGAGUCCCAGAAGCAGCUCGAGUGCACGCGGGGGGCCCUGUCGGAGCAGCACGAGAAGGUCAGCCGGCUCACGGAGAACCUCACGGCCAUGAAGAAGCUCCAGGUCAGCAAGGAGCGCCAGUCGGCGCUGGACAACGAGAAGGACCGCGACAGCCACGAGGACGGCGACUACUACGAGGUGGACAUCAACGGGCCCGAGAUCCUGGAGUGCAAGUACAAGGUGGCCAUGGCCGAGAUGGGCGAGCUGAGGGAGGAGCUGAAGGGCCUGAAGAGCCGCUACGAGGCGUGCGAAGCCAGGUACGAGGAGGAGAGGAGCCGCUACGAGAGCGAGGGCCAGAGCCUGGCGGAGAAGGUGGCGCUGCUGGAGAAGGCCGGCCGGCUGGAGCGCGAGCACGCCGCCCGGCUGGAGAAGGAGCUGAAGAAGGUCAGCGACGUGGCCGGCGAGACGCAGGGCAGCCUGAGCGUGGCCCAGGACGAGCUGGUGACCUUCAGCGAGGAGCUGGCCAACCUCUACCACCACGUCUGCAUGUGCAACAACGAGACGCCCAACAGGGUCAUGCUGGAUUACUACAAGGAGGGCAAGGGCGGCGGGCGCAUCAGCCCCGAGGGCAAGGGCCGGCGCUCGCCCGUCCUGCUCUCCAAGGGGCUGCUGGCCAUCGACCUGGGCAAGGCGGAGGGCGGCAGCGGCGACAGCUCGCCCUCCCCCGGCUCCUCCCUGCCGUCCCCCGUGUCCGACCCCCGCAAGGAGCCCAUGAACAUUUACAACCUGAUCGCCAUCAUCCGCGACCAGAUCAAGCACCUGCAGGCCGCCGUGGACCGCACCGUGGAGCUGUCCCGCCAGCGCGUGGCCACGCAGGAGCUGGGGCCGGUGGUGGACAAGGACAAGGAGGCGCUCAUGGAGGAGAUCCUGAAGCUCAAGUCCCUGCUGAGCACCAAGCGCGAGCAGAUCGCCACCCUGAGGACCGUGCUCAAGGCCAACAAGCAGACGGCCGAGGUCGCCCUGGCUAACCUGAAGAGCAAGUACGAGAACGAGAAGGCCAUGGUGACGGAGACCAUGAUGAAGCUGCGCAACGAGCUGAAGGCCCUCAAGGAGGACGCCGCCACCUUCUCCUCUCUGCGGGCCAUGUUCGCCACCAGGUGCGACGAGUACGUGACGCAGCUGGACGAGAUGCAGCGUCAGCUGGCGGCCGCGGAGGACGAGAAGAAGACCCUGAACUCGCUGCUGCGCAUGGCCAUCCAGCAGAAGCUGGCCCUGACCCAGCGGCUGGAGCACCUGGAGCUGGACCACGAGCAGGCCAAGAGGGGGCGCACCAAGUCCGCCUCCAAAGGCAAGAGCAGUACCCCAAGCGUAAGUCACCUGCGCUCCUGCGCGGACAGGCCCGAGGGGGCCGUGCUCGGCGGCCAGGUGUUCUGCAGCGAGAAGUAUAAGAUUUACUGCGACUAGGGGGCUCUGGGGAGCCGCGGGGCCUGGGCCAAGCACCCCGCUGUCCGCUGGCUUCUCCGUUGUCCGCUUACGCCCCACUAACGUUCCAGGGAGAGGCUCCCGCUCUUUGUCCUUCCCGCCCCCGUCACACACGCCGCGUCGCGCCGGGCUUGGCCGUGAGCAUCCGCGAGGGGGAUGUCCCUAGUCCCGGGUUAUUGUAGGGGAGCGGACCCUUCCAUCACGACCGUGGGUGGGAGGGGGGACUUUUUUUUUUCAUUUCUAUUGAAAGGGAGCGUGUACAUUGGGAGGCCCUAGCUGUAGGUGUAGAGCACAAACAUGACUUCCGCCCCUUCCCGGGCUGCGUUAAGCACACGUCAAAUUGCCCGGCAGGCUGGAGCUGAUGAGGGCGGGUGUCCCGGGAGCCCGGGUCCUGCAUUUAAGGAUAGCUGGAUGGCUUGCCCAUAGGUGGGAGUCCGACACCGGCAACAAAGGUCCUUAGAAGGAGGGGUGAUGGGGGGCCUCCCAAACUUGCACAUUUCAUGUUUUCCGUAGAGAUUAUCAAGUUAUGCAAUUGGACCCCCUUCGGGAACACGACGUAAGGUAGUAGGGUGUAUGUUGACGUAGUCUCUGGGUCACCUGACGGUGGCUCUUGGGCCAGCCUUAGGUAGUCUCUUGCAGCAUGCGCAUUUAGGAGAAGAAAUGCUGUGUCCACAGGCCAUCCAUGCAUGAGCUUAGUUAGGUCGGUAGGGGUAGGGAUGCCCGAGACCGGACCCUGCUCCCCGGGACUGGCCCGAGUGGGCGUUAGCCCCGCCCAUGGGGAGCAGGUUUUCCAAGUGAGCAAGAAAGGAUCCUUUAACCACUCCCACGCUCACACAUUGACCACAUGAGCAGAGUCAGCCGGAAACAGAGGAAGUUCAUCUGGCCAAGGCCGACUCUUUUGCAAGGUCCCGAGUCCCCGGACAAUUCUGGUGAUCCCCGGACUUGCCGGAGACGUUUAGGCGCUUGAGUCCAAUUUCCAAUGAAACAAAAAGGAUCUCUGGGACUGGUGUCUGGAGAGCUAGGGAAGCCUGGAAACCACUGCUUCUGGAGUGGGUUUGGGGAUUGGUGAGGCCCAAGGAGGCACAAGAUUUUGAUUUUUUUUUUUUUAAGUGCCUAAGACUCUUAUUUUCCUUUUCCACGGAGAACCCUGCCCCUCCCCCCCCCCCCCUUUUUUUUUUAAACCUUUGGAAUAUCCUAAAGAAUGGAAAUCGCCCAUGUGGGUGUGAUGUAAGGGUCAGCAGAUUGGAGAAAUGGGAGGUUGGUCUUGAUUUUUUUUUCCCCAAUAACUAAAUUUUCUUAGUAAAUAACUGAAAAAAAGAGCAGGAAAGCUCAGUACAUAGUCUGUCUCCUAUAAUAAGCACUCAUUUUCAUGAAUUCAAACUAUUUAUUUUGCCGGUGAGCUGCUUGUUAUUUUAGAAGCUGAUGUACUCAUUCUGCUACUGUACCAAUCCCCCCUGCCCCCACCGUGGCCCUGUCAGUCUCAGGGGCUUCCCGUUGGGCAGGAAGCUGCACACACUCAUACACCCACACUCUCACACUCACACACACACUCUCACACUCAAACACACUCACACUCAAACAUACACACAUACACACCCCGUCCUGGAGGACCUCUGGCUCUGACACACAGCCCAGUGGGUACAAAGACAGAUUUUGGGAGACGAGGUGUCCAGUUCACAGUGACUUUCCUAGUCCUUGAGAUACUAGUAAAAAGGGAUCAUCAUCAGUGUUACGGGGACCUGAAGUGAUGUGACUGUUUCCGUGCCCUGUUAUCAGUUUUGAGUAAUCCCUCGGGUUAUCUUUAGUCUCCAUCAUUUCUCAAAGUAGUAGCCAGAUGUUUGUGAUCGGGUCCAAAACUGAGGCUGUGAAAAAAAAGUCCAUGGCACCAGUGUGGCUGCACGUGUAGAUGAGGCUCUUAGGGAAGCAUUGCGGGGCUUGUGUGUUGUUGGCUCUUUGCUCCUGAGCUUGGUCUGUGUCCAAACCUCGCCCCUACUUACUCGGCUCUUUGGGAUUCUUAACGUGGGAAAUUUCUUCAGCCAUCACCUACCUCCUCGAGCAGGCUCUUGUCGGUUGGAUUUCGGCGCUGGCCCGCAUGACCCACACUUCCUGCAUGUUUUUCCAGAGACCGUUUAGCUUCACUGAUAAACUCUUCCGAUGCUUCUUCCCAGCCGGCCCCUUGCUCCUGCAGCCUCUCCCUUCAGUACUUGUAAGAAAUCUUUUCUUCAGCAAAUGGCAAGCCCCAGCCCCGGGGUUCCAGUGCUUGGGCAGCCCCCUUCUCUCUUUGCCGGCUCAGGGGCCACCCCUCUAACAGACAGACCGUCGGGUCCUCUCUUGCCACCACACUAACCCGCUCUGUAGCUCUCACGGCGCUAUCAGUAUUAAGAUGUCAGACCUCUUAGCGGGAUAAGUAACCUGUUUUUUCUAAUGUGAUUUCAUUUUUCCCCCUCAUUUUCAGCUGUAGAGUAGUGCCCGGAGAUGGAAUUGGCCUACAGUGCCCUCGCUCAAAUUGCAACUUUCUUAAACUGUUCAUGCUGGUGGCUAAACCAGCCCAGGGAGUUCUGGUUGCCCAAAGGAAUGGACAAAAUCCCAAUUUCCACUCUCUCUUUUUUUCUUUUUGUCACGAAUAAACUACCUGCACUCAUUUUCAAAAUUGCAUAUCCUGGGUUGGAAAAAAGAAAAUCUGCACGCCUCAUGUGCCGAUAUUGCUGCAGGAAACAUUUUUUACAAGUGCUGAAGAAGCCGCCUUCAAACAAACAAUGAGUCUACUAGAAAUGUUCGGACGGGGUCGGGGGUCGGGAGGAGGGGGGGGACCGUCGGGGGAAGCCAUUUUGGUUGUUACCUAUAUUCCUUUCUUAUCUGAUUGUUAAACCUGUGCACUUUUGAUAUUUUGAUAUUGUAUUAGCUUCCUUAAUUCCUCAUGUAGAAAAGAUCUAUGAGAAGCAAUGGUUUAUGCUCACGGUAGGUCUCCAUGCAUUUGUACUUGUUGAUUUCUCCAGAGGCAUGUUGCAGAAAUCUGUAAGCUUUUCGGGGUUGUUUUUUGCUCUAGACUCCGUUUAGAUGAGAGCCCCGGCUCCAGUGGGGGAGGGGGGCGGCUCUGCUAAACUGUUACGUGCUGUGCUUCAGCAGCCUUUUUUAAUUAUGAAAUGUUAUGGUUUAUGUUUUAAAUGACUGAUUUUUAACUGCCAUGUUCAUUAAGAAAUCCAGGGUAUUCAAAUUCUGGGGUUUUUUCAUAUUGUAUUAUUAUUCUUAGGAAUAGUUCAAUGUAACAAGAAGAAACUUGACUUUGCUCUGGUUAAAACAGUAAUAGGCACUUGAAAAAUAAAAUUAAAGCGAUGAAAGCAGUAGUAUUACCUGCAAACUCCAGAGAUUCUGGAUUGGAGGAGGUUGGGAAGCAUGACUGAUUAACAGAAUUUUCUACAACUGUACCAGUGAAAUUCCAAAUUGGAAUUGUUUCGUUACCUCUUUGUUUGUUGUGCCAAAUUAUGGUACAUUUAGAAAGAAAAAUUCUAAAGUUGUCAAUUAUAGGGUGUUCAAUUUCAACGCCUUUUUGUUAUUCAUUGUUGCCAGUAGUGCCUUUGCUAAUUUGAGGGAGAAUCCUAGGAUAUAGUUUUAGUCUAGAUAAAAAAAAAAAAAAGGAACAGGGACGAGCUGGUUGGGAAUUGGAAGAUGUGGAGCAAUAAAGAAAAGUAAAGCAAGCGCCUCAGCUCAUUUGUUUUUGAAAAUGGGUCUCUUCGUAUCCUGCGAGAGAUGAGAAAUUGUGCAAAAUUCUGUUAGUCAGUGAUACUUUACCAGGCAGAUCCUGGCAAAUUCAGGGCUCGAGAAAGAAAAGCAAAUGCAAAACAUUGAAUACACUUUGGGAACCAAAUGGACUUUUACUGAACAAAGAAGCAAGCUGUGCAAAAGAAGGAGGACGUUUCUGGUCACGGCACCGACGGGUGUUGGCUGUGGAUCUUCUGUUCGCUUUCUGUGGCAGCAGCGGUGGGCAUGGUUUAACCAUUAGUAUUCUUUGCGAAUGUGAAGGCGAGACAUUAAUAUCUUCUCUUGCAUGUGGUAUCUAAUCAUUGUAAUUUCAGGAAACAGAAACGAAAAACAAACAAACAAAAAAAGACAUCAACAAAAGUCGGAGCCCGAGCGGCUCGGGGCAUUUGUUGAAGCUGGUGGGAAUGAUUAAAUUGGUACUUCGGGAGGAAGAAGGAGGCAUUUUUUUCCUCAAAAAAGUACAAAUUAUAAUAAUAAAUAAUAAUAAUAUAAAUGGCAGGAACAAAUGAGUUCUGUUUGCUGGAAUAAACAUUAUUAUUCCUAGAUGUGGGGACUUCUCUAUUUUCACCUUCUGUUACAGUAUUGAUUUAUAAGAAAUAUUGUUGCAUUUAAAAUAACUUCAUCUGUCUAUAUGUGGGUAUUUAUUUGAAAUGAUGUCUACGUACUGUAUUCUGUUCUCUGUGCAUUACCUUUAGCGGCGGAUUAUCGGUCCUUAUUUUAAAGUCAUAUGCAUGUACUCCUGCCAAGGAACCUUUACACAGACCCGAAGAGGCAAAAGCGUCCUCAUUCUUUGGGGAAAGGAGGAGAAAGAAUGAGGACGAGAACUCUCAAAGAGUCUAAUUUUCACGAUUGGGUAACUCUCUGUUGUCUAGGGAGUGCAAAAGUAUGACUUUUAAAUUAAUCCCAAACCAAUAUUUAUAGAAAACAGCCGGCCUGUGUAAAGAGAGUCACGUUGGCAGUUAUUCGAUAAUAAAAAAAAUUUUUUUAAAGAUUAAAA